CCUUCCUACACCUUGGUCCAUUUAACUUCCGCCACAUUCACUCAUGAUCCUCAAUCUAUUCUAACAAAACAUUCUACACGAUGAGUGAAAAGUCAGAGAAAGGAGAAGGAGAAGGGAGCCAGCAUGAGGGCACUGCCCUUGAGCUCUCCUCCUCCCAUACCCGCACGGCAGAAGAGGAGCGAGAAGAUGGAAACGGAGACGGAGACGUCGAAUACCUGCAUGGGAUCCGGGUGCUGGGCGUGCUGAUGGCGUUGAUGCUGAGCAUGUUCCUCGUCGCGCUCGACUCGACCAUCAUCUCGACCGCCAUCCCGCAGAUCACGGCGGAUUUCCACUCCCUGACGGACGUGGGCUGGUACGGCUCCGCCUUCUUUCUCACCAUGGCGCUGUUCCAGCACGUCUGGGGCACGCUGUACCGCCACUGCCCGCUGAAAGCGACCUUCAUUACCACCAUCGCCGCCCUCGAGCUGGGCUCGCUCGUCUGCGCCGUCGCCCACUCCUCCACCUCGCUGAUCGUCGGCCGCGCCAUCACGGGCAUGGGCGGCUCGGGCGUCAUGGCGGGCGUGUACAUCAUCAUGGGCCUGUCGGUGGCCCCCGCCCGCCGCCCGGCCUACAUGGGCGUGCUGGGGGCGACCUUCUCGAUCGCCAGCUUCGCCGGGCCCCUGAUCGGCGGCGCCUUCACCUCGGAGACCACCUGGCGCUGGUGCUUCUGGGUCAACCUCCCGAUUGGCGGCGUCGCUGUGGUGAUCAUCCUGCUGCUGUUCCACCCGCCCGCCCAUGCCCGCCCGGACAAGGUCGGCGUGGGCGAGCUCCUGCUGCUGCUGGACCCGGUCGGCUUCGUGCUGCUGCUCGGGGCGCUGCUCUGCUACCUGCUGGCCGUGCAGUGGGGGGGCGUCACCAAGGCCUGGAGCGACGCCGCCGUGAUCGGCACGCUGGUGGGCUUCGGGGUGCUGACGCUGCUGUUCAUCGCCAAGGAGAUGGCCUGGCGCCGGCGGCCCAUGUUCCCGGGGCGCCUGUUCCGGGGCAACCGGCUGGUGGGCGUCAGCUGUGCGUUUGUGUUUGUCUUCCCGGGCUGCUUCUUCGCCAUCCUCUACUUCCUGCCCAUCUACUUCCAGGCGAUCGCCGGCGUGUCGGCCGCCGAGUCCGGCAUCCGCACGCUGCCGCUGGUGCUGGGCGUCGGCAUCCUGUCCAUGCUGACGGGCCUGAUCUUGCCGCUGAUCGGCAGCCGGCCGCUGCCGCUGAUGCUGGGCGCCGGCAUCCUCACCACCAUCGCCUGCGGCCUGCUGUAUACCAUGGACAGGGGCUCCCCGCCGGCGCAGUGGAUCGGCUACCAGGCCCUGGCGGGCAUCGGCGUCGGGAUGGCCAUCCAGAUGCCCGUGGUGGUCAGCCAGGCCAGCGUGCCGCUGGCCGACAUCUCCACCAUCACCGCCAUCACCCUGUUCUUCCAGUUCCUGGCGGGCGCCAUCUGGGUCCAGGGCGCCCAGGCUGUCUUUGACAAUUUCCUGGUGCACGCCCUUGCCCGCCACGCCCCGGGGGUCAGCCCGCAGACGGUCAUCAACGCGGGGGCCACGGGCCUCAGCCAGACCCUGGACGCCGCCACCCUGUCGCAUGUGCUGGACGCCUACAUGGACGGUCUCAAGGCCCAGUUCCUCCUCGACACUGUUCUCGCGGGCGUCGCCACCGUCAUCGCCCUGGGGCUGGGCUGGCGCAAGCUGGGACUGGCCCCGGGCAUGGCCGUGGCAUGAUUCUCAAUGUCCUGUUUAAUUAUCUUAAUUGAUUGAAGCAUUAAUUGAAGCUUAUAAUAGAAUACUUGAAACAAUAG